AUUUAAUAUUUACCAAAAUUAUUUAAAUCAAAAUCAAAAUUUUCAAUCUCUCGGCUAAACUUGAACACCGCUCCCCAUUUCAUUAAUGGAGGAGCGGGUCCCAACAACCAGUCACGACAAUCACCACAAUCAUCAAACCUCAAUGCAUGAGGCGGGUCAAGAAGACGAAAUUGAUGAUUAUUAUGUUAUUGACAAUGUUAAUGGUACCAAAAACAAUAUUGAUGACCAAAUGCCGAUCAUUGUUCCACCCCAUGAUACGUAUGUUAUAUUAGUUCCUAAAGAUCAAAUAUAUCGGGUCCCACCUCCGGAAAAUGCCGAGAUCGUAGAAAAAUAUCGGAAUCCGGUGCAAAUUAGCCGAAGUGGCCGUCCGCGGUGUGCAUAUUGGUCGUUGUCAAUUGUUUUGGUGGUGGCGUUCAUUAUUAGUGUGUUUAUUUGCAUUCAUCAUUUUACGUUGAAACCUAAGAAUCCUACCUUCUAUAUCAAGCAUUUUGCUAUCAAGACUCAAGUUCAUAAUAAGAAAAACCAUUCUCUUGGAUUUCAGGUUUCCAUGGAAACAAGCAACCCAAAUAAUGUGAAUGAUAUUGGUUAUGUAGAAGGCAUAGCCAUACUUAUGUACAAAGGGAAGAAGAUAGGGCAUGGCUCAUUUCCUAGGUUGGAAAAUCAAGGAUCACGCAAAACUAAUACAAUGGAAGUGAAAAUUGCUACAUUAUCCUCUAAAGGAGGUUUGCCUAAAGAGUUACAACCUCAAUCUUCUAACAACAAAAAAAGUAAACCAUUAAAUUUCAACUUGUUAUUGAACAUUCCUCUUAAGAUGAAGACAUGGUUGUAUACCAAGAAAGUUGAUGUUAAGGUUAAUUGUGACUUUGAACUCAAUUCCAUUGGAGAUAAUAUUAAAGUUUUAUCCCGAAAAUGUGACGUUCAAAGAAAAUUAUGACUGCUGGAAAAUAAUCUAUAUGUGAUUUCACAUCGAAGAAUUAGAAAGAGGUUGACCAAUUAUAUAUAAGCUUGAUACUCAAAGACAUGUGUAUGCAGUCAACUCUCAUGUUAUGUGGAUCUGAUUUAAAGCC